GGACUUGAGGACUACUGACAGAAUGCACAUGGUGACAGUCAUGCAGCGGGGUGUAUGGCCUCUAUUGCUCUGGCCCUUUCUGCGAACUGUAAGUAUCCCACUAGACUGUCAGGAAGAGCAGGGUAGCCCCUCCCGCUGCCCCUCCAUCUCCCAGGAGAAACUUCUAGACCGAGUCAUCCAGCAUGCUGAACUCAUCUACCGUGUCUCAGAAGAAUCAUGCUCUUUGUUUGAGGAGAUGUUUAUACCGUUCCAAUUGCAGCUCCAGAGGAACCAAGCUGGCUAUGCAUGUAUCACCAAAGCCUUACCCCUCCCCAGCUCCAAAAGUGAAAUCCAACAGAUAUCUGACAAGUGGUUGCUCCACUCUGUGCUGAUGCUGGUUCAGUCGUGGAUCGAGCCUUUGGUCUACCUGCAGACCUCACUUGAUCGCUACGAUGCUGCUCCUGACAUGCUACUCAACAAGACCAAGUGGGUGUCUGAGAAAUUGAUCAGUCUGGAGCAGGGAGUGGUGGUCCUCAUCAAGAAGAUGUUGGAUGAGGGAAUGCUGACCGCAAACCACAGUGAACAAGGCCUAUUUCAGUAUGAUGUGCAGCCAGAGAUGUUGGACUCUGUCAUGAGAGACUACACCUUAUUCAGCUGCUUCAAGAAAGACGCCCAUAAGAUGGAGGCUUUCCUAAAGCUACUCAAGUGUCGACAAACUGACAAAUACAACUGUGCAUAAGACAUGAAGUGCAGCUUUUAAAUAAUACAGCUUUAAAUGAAUUCCUGAGGUCGGUAGCUGUGCACUUAAAGAUAUGACCAUGCCUUAGGCGAUUCAGCCUUGCUUGCAAUGCAGUACAUUCUUUAUUGAUUGUUUUGGAACACCUUCAUACAAAACUAAGUAGGUGUAAUGCUGUGCCCUUUCUACAACAUACCGCAUUUUAUAUUUUCCUGCUCAGUUGUUAUUUUAACCUGGCAAAGGCAACAGAGGGCAAACUCCCAAAAGAUUAUUUGCGUGUCGAGCUGUCAAAAAAAUCUGCAUAUCCUGCCAUUGAUUUCCAUUUUCUUUGUUCUUAACUGGAGUUUGUAUUCCUCGCUGGCUCUCGCAGUGUUUUGAUUAUUCCCACGGCCCCCAGAGUAUUCAGUGAGACGGUUUCACUUCUGCAUUAGUGAAAUGAAACACUUUCACCGGAGACGGGAGUCAAACAGAGAGCAAUCACUACUUUAAAAAAGACACACAUUUUGAUUGGUGCAAGAAAGUGUGAGCGAGGCAGAGAGAGAGAACAAAUAACAGCUAAAAUGAGAGGCAGGCAAGACUUAUCUUGAGUUUUUGGUUAGAUGCAGGUUUAGAUUUGCCGAGUGCUCAUGAAAGAAUCAGGAAUAUUUCUGCCCCUAAACAUGCCUAAUUUAACACGAAUGUAAUAGAGGAAGCUUGUUAUUCACUUUGAAUGAUCAGGAGUGGAACUGUUCACAUUUUGUUUGUUAGAUGUAGUGAAUAUGUAAUGCAGAAUACAAAUAUAUUUUUGUAAUCUCAUGUGUAAAUACAAGAAGCCCAAUGUAUUGUGAAAACCUUUUGAGUGAACUGCUAAUUUAAGGCGCUAAUAAAGCAAACUGUAGAAAGAUAA